AACAUAACCCCUUCAGCUAAAUUUGGUGUCGGUGUCAGCCAUCCCUCCCUCUCCUCUCGUCUCUCUCGCGCUCUCUUUGAAGCAACAUAGCGCUCCGUACAGCACGCGCCCGUUACGCACUCGCUCAGUCCACACCGUUGCGCAUCUUUAGCGGGAUUCUAUAACAUGUCACGGACUUUUGGGACAGUCUUAAAAUGAUAUCGGCACGACUUUGAAUUUAUCUCUCGCGGACCCGCUGCGCUCCUCCCCAAAGAACCGGAAUCAGCGCUGCGCUCUGGAGAGGGCAAGAGAGGAGAACCGAGGGGCAUGCCGCUUACUUUUAAACAUUUAUUUCGUGUGCAUAGAUAGUAUUUGUGAGGGGAAACGUGUAUUAUGGGAUGUGUUCCAAAACUUUUGAGUGAUUUGAAGUGGCUCACCAUAAAGUGCUCAUUGUCCAGCUACGAUUUAAGAUGCCACAGAAUAUUGAGCUGAAAUAUUUACAACAAUGUGGAAGGCUUUAAUGGAUUUGUCUAUGUGAUUAGCGAUGCUAAAAUGAAAUUAUAAACACAAAUAACAUGUAGACGCACCAAGAUCUGAGGCUUCUCAAGAACAUCACAUUAGAAAGCGACUGGACAGGACUUGUUUUGGAGGUUGUUAGAAUGAGCUUGUUACAUUUCAAAGGGAUUCAGUGGCUUUUAUCCUAAUUAGUUCUUUAAUUUAACGUUGACUAUUAGUAAUUAAAAUAGGCUAUUGUUUUCAUUAUUCUACUGAUUACAACAAUAAUGAUUUUUAUUGUUUGGCAAUUUGUGGUGUGAUAGAGUGAGUUUUGCUGUAGCUCUACGGUGCAUUAGUUUUGUUUGGGUGGUGUGAGUACAAUAAUGUUGGGUAGUCCGUCAAAUAACGGAGGCAUUAGAAUACUGGUUCCCCCGGCAACCAGUGACGACAGGCGGGUUGAGUUUGUGGCCCUCGCAGCUGUUCACACUGAAAGAAGCGAAACGUCAUCUCCAGAGCGGGGACACCCUUCUCAUCGUACCGGCUUACUGGGUACACCUCUGCCGGUGCCACCGGGACCGAGGGCGACUCCUUCUGCCUCCAGCAAACGCUACAGAAAGUUACAAAACUGCCUGUACAACGUGCUCGAGAGACCCAGAGGAUGGGCAUUUAUCUAUCACGCCUUCAUUUUUCUGCUAGUGUUCAGCUGUCUGGUGCUUUCUGUUUUCUCCACCAUUCCAGAUCACCACACAGUCGCCAACGAGGGGCUCUUCCUUUUGGAGUUUGUGAUGAUUGUAGUUUUUGGGCUGGAGUAUUUUGUGAGGAUCUGGGCUGCUGGAUGCUGCUGCAGGUAUAGAGGAUGGCAGGGUCGAUUACGCUUUGCCAGGAAGCCCUUCUGUGUUAUAGACCUCAUUGUCUUUGUGGCGUCGCUGGCAGUGAUAGCAGCGGGCACACAGGGAAACAUCUUUGCCACAUCUGCUCUACGCAGCAUGCGUUUUCUGCAGAUCUUGCGUAUGGUACGCAUGGAUCGCAGAGGAGGCACCUGGAAGUUACUGGGCUCUGUAGUGUAUGCUCACAGCAAGGAGCUUAUCACAGCCUGGUACAUCGGCUUCCUGGUGCUGAUUUUUGCCUCCUUCUUGGUCUAUUUGGCUGAGAAGGACAACAAUCAGGAGUUUAACACUUAUGCUGACUCCCUCUGGUGGGGAACAAUAACCCUCACUACAAUUGGCUACGGUGAUAAGACUCCACACACCUGGCAAGGUCGGCUAUUAGCAGCUUGUUUUGCCCUGCUGGGGGUUUCCUUUUUUGCCCUGCCUGCUGGCAUUCUGGGUUCAGGUUUUGCUCUGAAAGUUCAGGAGCAGCACAGACAGAAACAUUUUGAGAAAAGGAGGACUCCUGCUGCCAACCUCAUACAGGCUGCAUGGCGUCUCUACUCUACAGAUGCACAGCACUCAUAUCUCACUGCUACCUGGUAUUUCUAUGACAGUAUGCUGCCGUCCUUCAGAGAACUGACAUUACUGUUCAGUCACCUUCAACGGCAGUGCAGCACCAAGAAGGUUCUGCACAACUCCUACCACUCCUUGCUGUCGGGGCUUCGGCCGUAUAGCUCCCCCUACCUGUCAGGAGACAGUGGGAAAAUGGGAUUCCGUGACCGCAUUAGGAUGAACAGUUCCCGUUCUUCUCAGGCUAUCCGGAGCAAGGCUUCUCCUCUGCCCCUAGAGAAUGUUUCAGAAGCCACCAGCCCUGGCAAGGUCCAGAAAAGCUGGAGUUUCAACGAUCGUACUCGAUUCCGUACCUCUCUCCGUCUAAAACCACGACCUGCUGCAGAUGCUGACGGAGUGGGAGAAGAGAGCACAGAGGACAAAUCUUACUGUGAUGUUGCCAUGGAAGAUGUGAUACCAGCAGUAAAGACCCUAAUUCGAGCCGUUAGGAUUCUUAAAUUCCUGGUGGCCAAGCGAAAGUUUAAAGAAACCCUGCGACCAUAUGAUGUAAAGGAUGUGAUUGAGCAAUAUUCAGCUGGACAUCUUGAUAUGCUUGGCAGAAUCAAAAGCCUGCAGAUGAGGGUGGAUCAGAUUGUAGGCCGUGGUGCCAUUCCAUCAGAUAAAAAGGUGAGGUCUGAAAAAGGAGAGAAAACAACUCCCGAACUGGAACACAUGGAUGAAUUAAGCAUGAUGGGGCGUGUAAUUAAAGUGGAGAAGCAGGUGCAGUCCAUCGAAAACAAGCUGGACCUGCUGCUGAACUUCUAUUCCCAGGGCCUGAAAAAGGGCUCAUCCCAUUUCACCUUGUCCUCCCUGCUGGAACCUGACUUAACCUCUGACUACCACAGUCCCACAGAUCAGCACGAUAUCUUCCCCUCCGCAAACACCCUUAAUAUCUACACUCAGACAGUGGCAACAUGCAAUGACCCACAUGGGACGACUGAAUAACUGAUGUCACCCAUCAGCCCCAGACUGUAGCAUCAGGGCACUCAUCCAAAGGCUAAAUACUUCCCUACACUAUACCAGCACUAAAAAAAAUGCUGUAUCCUUGCAUGGGUUCUUCCUUUGCACAGUGGAUGGUGGCAUCUUGGCUAGACUAUGCCUUGGAAACACCCUGGUAUUACACAAUGUCUCAUUUUUUUUUUUUUUUCUUUGCCCUUAGUAAUGGUAAAACCAAUCCUCUUUCUUUCCCAGUCAUCUACCAAUCUCCUUGUGCCUGUUUGCAUUUCUUUUAUCAGGAACGUUUCACCUGAAAAGUACUCUCACUUGAAGAUAUUAUUGAGGUUUACUUGGUUUUCUGUGUUGAACAUUUGGACUCAAUCCAGUAGAUGGCAAAGUUUUAGCUUUAGAAUUUAGUUUGCUAAACUAUUGAGCACCAACUCUUUUUCAGUCUUCCAAAAUACGUGGAGACAAAUCACUGUCAUUGACUGCUCCAAAACUGUCAACUCUUUUUGAUUGUAGAUGUCAAUUGUUGAACAUAAAUUAAUUUUUUCAUUCAUGUUAUUUCUUUCUAGAACUCUUGAUGCCAAUAUUGUUUCUUGGCUUUGUUUUGUCAUAGCAUUUGAUAAUCAAUAUUGGCUCCCAGAGCAAUUCUAUUUUUCUGUCUUCUUUUGUAAGAAAUCAGGGCAUUGUGAAUCUGAACUGAAUAUGAUUUUGGACUCUCCUUUUUGGCCUUGGCCUUACACUUUGACCUGAUGCAAUAAACUCCUUGUGACACAAGCAGUUGCUGAUCUUCAAAUGAAUGUACUGCAUUCAGUACUCUUCCCUUGUCUGUUUGUCAUUACCAUUGCCAUUCAAGAGAAUGGCCUCAAAGACAGGAGGACAGUAUGAUGGACUGUGACCAAGGGAUACUGAACGGCAUCUCCAGCAAUGCGUCAUUUUAUUCUUGCAUGGAUUGGCAGUUCUCUCUUCUUGGCAUUUCAGACAAGAAGAAACAUGCCAUAUUGGGUAUAUGUGAGGCCCUCAGGUUUCCCCCCCACAUUGUGGCAAACUCUUGGUAUCUUGUUGGGUCAUGCUCUUCUGCCACAGCAUAAUGAAAGCCCAUCUUGCAAAAAACAAAAAACAAAUUUAAAAUUACACAAAAAUAUUCUUUAAUGACAUAACCAGCAUUAAAGUGCAUGACAGAAUGAGGCACUGCUUUGAUUAGUUCAGGCAAGUUUGUUUUAAAUUAGUGGGAUUAGUUAUAGAGGCUGUUCAUAUGCCCCGCUCCAUUCUCUGCCUUGCAGCCCAUUUCCUCAUUCUGCACGUGCAACUAUGAUCAAAUCAACGGGUCAAUAUUCAGAAGUCUGUAUUUCUCUCCUCUCUAUAUGUGACUCUCGAUAAAUUCAGAUUAGAUUGAGAUUUAAGACUGAGGUCUUACACCAGACUGUUAUGACCUCACAAUUGAUGCCUCACUUUUGCUCCUUUUAUCAUCUCCGAGAGGUCAAUAGGUCAACGGUCUGAUUGGAUGAAAUACUUAUCAUGCAUUCUUUUUCUCUUGUGAUCAUACAGAAACACUCAAACGUUCCCUUAAAGGAAAAGUUCACCCAAAAAUGAAAAUCCUGUCAUGAUUCACUCACCCUCACAUUGUUUCAAACCUGUAUACUUUCAUUGUGAAUGGUAACUAAGGCUUACAUUCUGCCUUACAACUACUUUUGUGUUACCGUCCCUUUAACCUUAGCCAUGAACAGACAGACUCAAAACUAUUUAGGAGGACUGAGAAGACUAUGAGAACUGAGAUAUAUCUGAGUCAUUCAGAAAGGCAUUAGUCUGAGUGCAUGAGCUCCACAUUAGUAUCUAUGCAUGCAGUUUUGGGCAAGGUUCCAGCUUUAUACAAAAUGCUUUAGCCAGCUCAGGUAACAGACAGCAUGGACGGGGUGUAGGGAAUGCAGCACUCCUCUGCCUUACUGAUAUACACUAGCCAGAGCACACUGACCUUGUGUUUAUGGUACAACAGUGAACCUAAGAGAAUGUUUAGGCCACUUAUCAUGGAAUUAAUUCAUCAUUCUGUUGGACAGAACUGGAGUACAGAGUUCAAAUAGAGUUUUCUACAUAAUCUCCUUUGCAUCUUCACAGAUUUAAAUAUUUAUAUUCUUUUGGAAAAUCUCAUCUACUGUAACAAUUUUUCAAUAUCUUAGGUUUACCUUGUCUUGUUUUGUUAUUUUUAUUUAUUUUCUUCAGUGUUUAUUAUUUCCUCUAACAUUCCUCAUACAUUCUCUAACUUCUAGCUCUUUAAACAGAACACUGAACAUUUUUAGGCAUUAAGUUUUUUUGUUUUGUUUGUUUUUUCUCACUUAUUGACAUGAUUGGUAACUGCUAAUAUGAGAGAUAACUUGAUCUAUAAUAUGUAUGUUUAACUCUGACAUGAUUGUAAAAAAUUAAUAAAUCUAGACUUUUUUUUAUGAAAAUACAGGUGUAACAAAUCUCUAUAAGAAUAAUAUACACUACCGGUCAAAAGUUUUGAAACAUGUACUCAUUCUUUAUUAUAAUUAUUUUUUUCUUCACAUUUUAGAAUAAUAGUAAAGUCAUCAAAACUAUAGAAUAACAUAAAUGGAACUAUGGGAAAUAUGUUGUGACUAAACAAAAUCCAAAAUAAAUCAAAUCUGUGUUAUAUUUUAGCAUCUUCAAAGUAGUCACCCUUUGCCAAGAUUUUGCAGACAUGUACUCUUGACAUUUUCUCAACCAACUUCUUGAGGUAUCACCCUGGGAUGCUUUUUAAACAGUAUUGAAGGAGUUCCCAUCUAUGUUGGGCACUUAUUGGCUGCUUUUCUUUAUUAUUUGGUCCAAAUCAUCAAUUUCAAAAACUUUUUUUUUUUAUUUUUAUUUUUAUUUUAGUUUUAUAAUGAAAUAAAUUAAUAUGGUGGAACAAUUAUAUUUUUGUCUACAAAACUAAUUUCAAACAUUUAAGUAUAUGCCUUCAGAUCAAAAGAUUUUUAAGAUCAUGAGAAACAUUUCAGUCAAGUGUUUCAAAACUUUUGACCGGAAGUGUAAAUCUCCAUAAUUUGAUCUAUAUUCAUUCUAUUUGUUCAUGUGUACUUUGGGGUA